AUGGAAGAUUUGUUUGAAAUAUAUAAAAAUGAUAAAAAUGAUUAUAAUGAUUUUAUAAAUUUAAUAAAUUCUAAUUAUAAAGAAUGUAGAAGUUCAGAGGAAGAAAAAUUAUGCUCAUACGUAGAUAAAAGUAAUGUUAUUUUAUCUUACAAGAAGGAAAAAUAUGUGAAUAUAAUAAAAAAAAUAUGCAAUCGUAAUGAUUUAAAAUAUUAUAAUUAUUAUAUCAAUAAUUAUGAAAAAAUAAAAAAUAUUAAAGGAAUAAAAGUAAAAGGAGAAAAUAGAAUAUGUGUUUUAAUACUAUGUUUGAAUUUUAUAUAUUGUAAUUUAAAUAGUGAAAUUAUGACAUUACAAGAGUUAAAACACCAGUUAAAAAAAAAUAUUUCUAAAAAAAAAAUUUAUUGCAAGCAUUUGGCGAAAAUUAUAUUUAAUAUUUGCAAUAGAUUGGAUAUAAAAAGUUAUAUUAACGGUGAUUUAUUGCCUUUUAUAGAGAAAUGUAUUACUAAUAUAAUUAACAAAAUUAAAAAUUUUAGUAAUAUAAAUAAAAAUGAUUCAAAAGUUGAAAAAAGAAUAAAUAUAUUUGAUGAUAUAUUUGAUUUGAUAAAUAAUUGUAGUGAUGAUAAUUCAUUGAAAUCAGAAUUUAAAUAUUCUAAUGAAGAAAAUGAAUUAAAAUAUGACAAUAGUCUAAAUAAUAACAUUAAAAAAAAUAUGAGAAUGGAGAUUAAUAAUGAUGAAGAUAACAGUAGAAAAAAAUGUAAUAAUGGUAUAAUUGAAGAAAAUAAUAAUAAUAUAUAUAUUCAUAAAGAUGAAAAUAAUGAGGAAAUGAAAAGUAAAGAAGAAUUUUUAUGUAAUUAUUCUUCAUUAUACAGUGAAAAUAUUAAUUUAAAAGAUUCCAAUAAGCUAAGUAAUUUCGAUCAUUAUAAACUUGAGGAAUUUUAUAUGAAUGAUAGUGAUUGUGUCAAGGAUGAAAUAGAUGAUAUUUGUGAAAUUAACAACAAUAAUGAUAACAGUGAAUAUAGUAUAUUUGAUUAUAUAGAUUUUACGAAAAGUAAUCAUGAUAAAUAUUCAUUUGACGAAAAUAAAAAUAUUAAAUAUAAAAAAAAAAAUAAAAACAAAAUAUCAACAAAAAUACCAAAAAAUUAUGAAAAAUCAAAAAAAUAUAAGGAAAUUAUUCAACAGAAAAUUAUUGAAUAUUUAGAAAAAAAUAUCACUUUACUUUCUUUAUAUUCUUGUGUUUUAUAUUAUUUUUACGUGUUAUGGAAUAAAAGAGAAAAUAUGGAUAUGAAUGUACAUAAUAAAAAAAGUAGAUGUGCUGGUGGGAAUCUACAUUAUUUUCUUUGCUCAUCUAUUAUUAUAACUUUUAAUAUAUUUAAUAUAAAAAUAAAAGAUCAAUUUAUAUGCUAUUGUUUAAAUGUCACGCAAAGUUCAAUAAUAUCAAAAAAGAAGGAAGUGUUAAAUUUUUUUUUAAAUACAGUUAAUGAAUUCUUAGGAAUAAAUAUAAAUUCACAUAAAAAAAUACUUUUAUUUAUACAAGUAAUUUUUAGUAAUUAUAUAUUACUACAAAUGUAUUUAUUUUAUCUUAUAACAAAAUAUAAAUUAAUGAAUAAAAAUAAUUUCAUAUUUUCCUUAAAACAACUUCAAAUAUGUUUAGGUAAAUUGUUUUCAAGUAUUCAAGAAAAAUUUCUUAGCAUAUCUGAUAUUAUAGUUGACUACAAUUUUUUGUUUCGAUCGGAAUGUAUUUAUAAAAAUAUUCAACAAAUAAUUUCUCAAAAUCAUGAUUUUAUAUAUUUAAAAAAGCAAAUAAAAAAUUUAAUUAAGAACUAUAUGACAGAAGAAGAAAAAAAAAUUUUUUAUGAGUAUAAUUUUAAUGAAACUUAUGAUAUAGAUUUAAGCAAUAUUAAUUCUUAUAUAACUAAAUUAUUAUCAUAUGGUUUACUAAAUAGUGAAGAUAUCGAUCUCAAUGAUUCUCAUCAGAUUCAUAAAAUAAUUGACAAUUUGAAAAUGAAGAAUAUUCAUUGUGAAAAAACAUCUAAUGUAAUAAAAAUAAAUAAAAAUGAAGAAAAAACACUUAAUAUUUUCCUUCAUAAAAACAUGAAUGUUGAUACAAGUUAUGAUAAUAAUUAUAACAAUAAUAAUAAUAAUAAUAAUAAUAAUAAUGAUAUUACUAUUACUACUACUACUAAUAAUAUUGAUAAUGAUACUAUAACUACUAGUGUUAAUCCUAACAAUAUUUUUAAUGAUAUUGAAAAUAAUAAUAAUAAUAAUAAAGAUAUUACUACUACUACUAAUAAUGUUAAUGAUAAUAAUAAUAAUAAUAAUGAUAUUACUAUUAUUACUACUACUACUACUACUACUACUACUAAUAAUAAUAAUAAUAAUAAUAAUAAUAAUAAUAAUAAUGAUAUAACUAUUACUACUACUACUACUACUACUAAUAAUAAUAAUAAUAAUAGUAAUGGUAAUAAUUAUAUUGAUUUUUUUAAUUGUGAAAAGAUUAAAACUAUUAAUAAUAACAAUAAUAGUGUUAAUAAAUCUGAAAGUACACAGAAAAUUCAUACUAAUAAUAUAUGUAGUAAUAUUAUAGAUGGUGAGAAUUAUAAUAUCUAUAAUAAAUUAAAUAACAAUAAUAACAUGAAAUUAUUUGUAAAUAAAUUGGAAUUAACAAAUCAAAUUGAUCUAGAAAGUUUAAAGGAUAUAAAAAAUUUAGAGAAUUGCAAUUUUGCAUUUUUUUUAAAAGAAUACAAUACAAUGAAAUAUGAAGAUAUUCCAUUGGAUUUUUUUAGAUAUAUAAACGUUUUAAAGAAAAUAAAUAUGUCAACAAUAAAUGAUACAAAUAUGGAAAUUGUGUGCUAUUAUAAUAUAAAAAUAGUUGUUCAAUUUUUAUUUUUUAAUAUUUUAAAAAGUAUAAUAUAUAACUGCUAUUCUUUAAGUUUUUUUAGUUUAAGUAAUUUGCAUCGUUUUAUUACUUGUAGAAAAUAUUCAAAGCACAUUUUAUGGGAAUGUAAUGAAGAAAUAGAAAAUAUUAAUAUUUUUUUAAAAAAAAAAAUUUCUAGAAAACUCAAAGAAACUAAUAGAAAAAAAUAUAACUUGGAAAAAUAUUUUUUUUGUGAACAAAUUUAUUAUAUUGAGAAUUUUCAAAAUUCUAAAUUAUACAAGGAUAACUUCAGGGAGUUUUUAAAAGACAAGAAAAUUAUUUUAAAAAAUAUCACAGAAUUGACUGAAAGUGAUGGUUCAAAUAAUGCUAAUAAAAUUAAUGAUAUAGAAGAUUCAAAUGAGAACAACUGCUUCACAUAUUCAAAUAAUAAUGAUAAGUAUAAUAAUUGUGUGAAAGAAAAAAAUAUAAAGACAUGUGUAAAAGAUUUAAUAAAAAAUAGUAAUAUUAAAAAGGGAAGGGAUAAAAAGAAAAUAAAAACAACCUUAUAUCAUUAUGACGUAUUACAUGAAAGUUUUAAUGAAUAUAAUUAUUUAAAAAAAGAAUCAUUCAACUUUUUUGAUAAUAUUUAUAAUAUUAAGAUGAUGAAAGAAUACAAAUAUUUAGAGACAGUAAUUUAUAGAAAUAAUUUUAAUAAAUUUUUAUUCAAUUUGUUUAAUAAUGUGAACUAUUCUUUUGGUAGUAAAAAAAAAAAAUUAAUAAAAAUGAAUAAUUGUUUGUAUCAUACAUAUCAUUUAAUAGGAAUAAGGAAAAUAUCGGGUAUUGGUUUUAACUUUACCUUUAAGAACGAAUUAAAUGAUAAUUAUUCAAAAGUGUUAAAAACUAAGUUUUCCAAUAUAUUAUCAUUAGAAGAUGUUAAUUUUUUAUUUAAUAGAUUUUUUUAUUUUUUAUUCAUAUACAUAAAAGAAUUUUGUUGUUUUUCUAAUAAAAAUAACAAAGUAUCAAAUUUCGUUGAAAAUGGAACGAAUACAUUUGAUAUGUGUACAUGUAGUAAGGUUAAUUGUUGUUAUAAAAUUAAAACAAUUGUUGUACUUAACUUUUAA